UUUUAAAUCUGGGGUCAAUGCAAACUUGAGCUAAAACUUGAAGGAUCAAAUAUCAAAACUAAAAGUUUUGGUGUAUUCUCAUUCUCCAAACCAAAACCCCCCCUCUGACUGAGGACAUUACAAUCAGCCGUUUCAUUCUUCAGUUGAGAAUAAAAGAGACAAAAGAAAAUGAUAAAAAGGAGAUUUUACAGGCUUGAACAUGGUAACAGGGAUGCUCCCUCUGAUUCAUCAUCUUCUUCUUCUGACUCCGAAGUAGAGGCAGAGGUUCAGGCAACAGAGGAAACAGAAGAUGAAGAAGAAAAUGAGGUUGCAGAAUUGAGAGAGAACGAUCAAGCUUCCUCUUCUUCUGGAUAUGAAAGUGAGCAUAGUUCAGUAAAUGAAGUUAAUCUUGAUUCAUCAGGUUUACCAACAAGUGAUGACGAUAUCACAACUCAAAAUCUCAUGCAAAUCAUCGCUGAAAGUCGUCCAAGUGGCAAAGGCAAUGCUGAACCUGUAAAUACCGAGCACAAUCAAGAAAAUGAUGAAAUCCCAUUGGAUGCAGCAGACUGCGUCUUAAAAUUAAAAUCAGUUUUCAAGUGCAGGCUAUGCCCUAGGAUCGUGUGCUUGUCAGAGGAGACUCUAAAGGCCCAUCUCACCUCCAAGAGACAUGCCCGUUCUGAAAAAUUACUAAGAGAAGGCAGGCUCAAGCUUAUGCUCAACAGCGAUGGGCAGAUUGAGGGAGAGGCUCAUUCUGAGAUGCAGGAUGCAACUGCAGUAUCAGGAGAGGAGAAGCCGACCAAGUUGAAGAAGAAAGCGAAAGGAGAAUGGAAACAGAAGAAAAGAUCAAGGAAGAAGGAAGCGUCAAGGUUGGAGAGAGGAAGUUCGAGAGAGUACCAAGGAAAGAAGAAACGGAAAAAUGACAGUUGAAGAAAACAAUAUUCUGUUGCUUAUUGUCUUCAAGGCAAGAAUGAAGAUCCAAAAUGUGGCUAGAUAUCAAUGAAUACGAACUUAUAAGCAAGUUGACGGUCUGUUUGCACCAGUCAGACAUUUUUCCAAUUUUGGCUAAACCACAUGGUGGGGAAAAAAAACACAGGAAAAAGGAAAACAGUUUUCUUACAUGUAUUUUUUGUUAGUUUCCUUGGGCGAACAAGUUAUGAUCCUUCCAAACUAGCUAAAUGAUUCGCAUGUAACAUUUUACCGUGUGAUUCAUGCACUAUGAAACUUAUUUGAAUAACAUUUGAUUUAA